GCAUUAAACCAAGCCAAUGCGACAAGGAUGAAACUUGUUUUUAGUAAUACAGGCAUGGUAUAUUACAAAGAUAAUGAAAGCUAUGAUGUGUACAUUGAUCAAAGGGGCAUUUCUGAGCUCUCAAUGAUCAGAAAGGAUAGGACAGGGAUUGAAAUUGGAGCAGCAGUGACAAUAUCAAAAGCCACUGAAGCACUAAAGGAAGACAGAAGAAGUGACUUUCUCUCACAUUAUACAAUGAUACUUGAAAAGAUUGCUGACCAUAUGAACAAAGUUGCCUCAGGGUUUAUUAGGAACACAGCCAGUGUAGGUGGCAAUCUAGUGAUGGCACAGAGGCAUCAUUUUCCCUCGGAUAUUGCUACAAUACUUCUUGCUGUGGAUUCAAUGGUUCACAUAAUGACUGCUACACAAUUUGAGUGGCUGACAUUGGAGGAGUUUCUGGAAAGACCACCAAUAAGCUUGGAUAGUGUGCUUUUAAGCAUUAAAGUUCCUAGUUUGGUUCUCAAUGAAAGUGAAUCAUCAGGGCAAAGAAGUAGAUUCCUCUUAGAAACUUACCGAGCUUCUCCUCGACCCCUUGGAAAUGCCCUUCCUUACUUGAAUGCUGCCUUCCUGGCUAAGGUGUCUCCAUGCAAGAAUUCUGAUGGAACUGUGAUAGACACUUGCAGGUUGUCUUUUGGUGCUUAUGGGACUCAGCAUGCAAUGAGAGUAAAAAAUGUUGAGGAAUUUUUAGCAGGAAAACUGUUAAGUGCUAGCAUUCUAUAUAAUGUUGUCAACUUGAUUAUAGCCACUAUUGUACCUAAAGAUGAUACCUCACAUACUGCUUACCGUUCAAGUUUGGCAGCUGGUUUUAUUUUCCAGUUCUUUAACCGACUGAUAGACAGCCCUGAAAGAAUAACAAAUGGUUAUUUAAAUGAUUGAAGGAUCUUUUAUCCAGGGAUUGGGUUUUUUCAUGCUUGAAGAAUAUGAAACAAAUCUUGUAUGGUCUUGGUAGAUGACAUGGAACUACAAAAGUCCUACAUUAGACACUAUUCCUCAAAAGUUUAAUGUUCAAAUCCUCAACAGUGAGCACCAUCAACAACGUGUUCUCUCUUCAAAGGCUUCUGGAGAGCCUCCAUUACUUCGGGCAGCUUCUGUAGUGCGGUGCUGUCUCACUCACAUGACAUCUUGCGCAUGAUAAAUUUGCUGAGAAUUUUGGACACUACUGAAUCCGUUCAUAUUUAUGUUCAGUUCUGGCAUGAUAAUAUUUAUAUAAAGUAACACUGAUUUGAUGACACUUACUACUAUACCCAAUGUCACAUGGGUGGAUUGAUUCUCAUAUCUCUGAAUGACUCCGAUUGUGUCCUACUUUCACCUGCUACCCCAUCCACGUACCAUCUCGCA